AUGAGGAAUUCUUUACUUGUGAUUUUCGGAGCCCUUCAUUUGGAUAGAGUUUUACUUGCCAAAAGCUUGUCUUUUGAUGAAGUUAUUCCUGUUGAUUACGACAACCAUUCACCACCAAAGCUGAAUAAAGGUGAUAACAGUUCGCCAGUAAAUGUUUCAGUUCAUCUCUGGGUGAUGCAAAUUCGUUCAGUAGAUGAAGUGGAUAUGGAUUUCAAAAUGGAUGUCGUUGUCCGUCAAAUGUGGGAAGAUCAUCGGUUGAUAUUUCCCGAAGAACGCAGUGAAGGGCGGAAUAAAGUAAUACUCGAUGCUUCCUGGGGGAAAGUGAUUUGGACUCCAGGCGUCUGGUUUAAAAAUGCCUUAGACACGAAGUUGCAACAGUGGGUUUUGCCUAGUGUCUUCUAUUGGCUGAUGAGGAACAAAACAGUCUACUUUUCGGGCAGAGUGACUUUGCAACUUUCUUGUGACAUGGACAUGAAGAGAUUUCCUCAUGAUAGCCAGACGUGUGGAGUGUCGAUCAUAGCUCUGAUGAACCCGACGACAGAUAUGCAGCUUUAUUGGUUCGAAUCUGAACCGAUUCGAAUGAGCCGAUUAUUGAAUUUACCUCAGUUUGAAGUUGGGAACCUUUCUCUUUCUCGUUGUGAUACAUCGGUUUAUGGAGAAUCAUUCAGUUGUAUCUGCGCUUCAUUCACCAUGAAUCGUAGAUGUGGUUAUUACAUAAUAAACAUCUACAUCCCUACAGUGCUUAUUGUGAGCAUGUCCAUGCUGACGUUCUGGAUUCCUCCUGAAGCAGUGCCUGCCCGCAUCACGUUGGGCGUCACAUCCCUGCUCACCAUCAUCACGAAACAAUAUCAAUCCACGAUGCCGAGUGUUUCUUAUAUUAUAGCUCUGAACGUUUGGCUUUCUUCAUGCAUAGCCUUCGUGUUUUUUAGCUUACUUGAAUAUGCCCUGGUCAUCAGUUUAGUUAAAAGAGAACAAAAAAGGGUUGCACCUAGUCCUGUACAAGAUGGAACUAAUUUUAGCACAAGUUCAGCAAGAAAAUCACUAAGAAGUGCUUGGAGUCAGAAGAACUGGAAGCUUCUCAAAUACAUUUCCCCCUGGAUUAUUGAU